CUCAAUCCGAAAAUCCAUUUGCAAAACGAGCGAGUUCGCGAAAUCAAAUUUGAUCUGGGCUACUGAAAGAGUUUUACGAUUCUUAUGACAGAUUACAGUUAGCUGUAGUACCGCACAUGGCUGUCAUAGACGUCCACAGCGAGUAAGGGCAGAGUUAGCAAGAUAGCUAGCUAGCUACGCGCUCAUUUGACGCUACCUUGGCUAUGAAAGAAAUGUUUUGAAUAACGACGUGCUAUUGGGUAACAAAAUUUAAAUUGAUUAGUUACAGUCAACUGUCUACAUUAACAGUGGGACAGCUAACGUAGGUGAGUUAACAUCGGAUCACCCUUGCGAACGUGAGUCUGAAUUUAAAGCAAAUUUAUAAAAUGUCUGGACCAAAUGGAGAUCCAAACAUCUCAAUCAAUGAGACUACUGAUGAAGAGGAUGAAUUCAACGAAGAAGAGUACGCAGCUAUAAACUCCAUGCUGGAUCAGAUCAACUCGUGUCUGGAUGACCUCGAGGAGCGCAAUGACGCGCUUAACGGCAAACUGCACGAACUCCUGGAGUCCAACCGGCAGGCACGGCAGGAGUUCAGGGAGCAGCUGAACGCACCGCCACCUCCAGAGGAGGACUCCGUGGCAUCUGGGAAAGAUCAGAAGUGAGGGGCCAUUGCUACAAUUUGCGCCUCUGCACCCCUCCUUCUCGUCCAUUAAUCUUGCUCAUCAGUCAUUUCUGUGCAAGAGUAAGAAAUUAGCUGAUUUGACGUCUUUUUUAAAGCCCAUGAAAAUAUCUGCUCAUUUCACCAACAACACACACACACACACACACCAAACAUCUCCAAACUGAAAGGGUGUGUGGGAUGCCUUUUCUGCUUAGGGGAUGAUUCAAUUAUGGUUCCUGCAAAGUCAAAGCUGAGCCGAACGCUUCGUCUGUCCGUUUUCCUGAGCAGAUAAGGAUGGAGUCAUUUCUGUAAUUCCCGUUCUGAGCUUCCCUAACCAGAAACAAAAAAAAAAUCUGCAUUUUUACAGAUAUCUCAUUGGCUUUACACAUUUUAUCACCACUGCCAAGCAGAUGACA